CAGUUCCCAGAAGGCCACUGGAGAAGGGCUUCCCCCACUUUCCCGGGACCGCAAUUCCCGGAGACUUGAUUUCGCGGCUUUUCUCUCUGUGUUGGGUCUCUCGGAGCCGGAAAGGUCUUGACCGGCCAACAGACCCACAGCGACGACGUGGUCCGUCGUGUCCAGUCGCAGGGUGUACUCUUUGGCCCGGCUUUCUGUCUCUUCUGCCACUUUUGCCGGACAGGCCGUCGCAGCUGGCCUGAGCAGUGACCUGGCGGGCCGCGCCUGCGCCCUGCCGCGUUUCCUGCCUGGCUGGUGGUGGCGGCCAUUUUGUUCAUCCUCCUCCUCCUCCUGCUCCUCCUGGUUGGAGCGCAGUGUCCGGAGCGGGCUGGGGGGAGCGGACCCGAGAGCGGGGUUCAGUACCUUUUCCUCUGUCCCCAGCCGGCGCCCGGAGCCCCCCUCCCCUUCCUUCCCGCCCCCUCCCCUCCCCAGCCCUGCCCUCCCCCUUGUCCCGGGAUCACUCCGUCGCACCCACCAUGAUGGAAGACGACGGACAGCCCCGGACUCUAUACGUAGGGAACCUCUCCAGAGAUGUGACAGAAGUCCUGAUUCUUCAGUUAUUCAGUCAGAUCGGACCCUGUAAAAGCUGUAAAAUGAUAACAGAGCAUACAAGCAAUGACCCAUAUUGCUUUGUGGAAUUUUAUGAACACAGAGAUGCAGCUGCUGCAUUAGCUGCUAUGAAUGGGAGAAAAAUUUUGGGAAAGGAGGUCAAAGUAAACUGGGCAACAACACCAAGUAGCCAGAAAAAAGAUACUUCCAAUCACUUCCAUGUGUUUGUUGGGGAUUUGAGUCCAGAAAUUACAACAGAAGAUAUCAAAUCAGCGUUUGCCCCCUUUGGUAAAAUAUCAAUUGCUCAUAAGAAUGGACAGGAUCUUGAAGGCUAACUGCAAGGAACUGUGCACACUGGAACUCAGUUGUAGAUUUUUUUUCUCAUUUCUAUUUAUUCUUAUUAUACAUUAUUUAUAUAUACAUAUUUUAGUAUUUACAUUUUAACAUUCUAUAUUCAGUGGAGUUCUAUAUUUCCAAUCAUUUUAACUUACUCACUAAAAUUUCUGUGUAAAUUUGUUGUUUUCGUACUGGUGUGCUUAGCGUUGUUGUUAGUUUUUUAUUCUCCUUUCUUAAAUUUCUGAAAAUGUCAAUUUUUCAAAAUUUACAGCUGCCCAAACUCCAAAAUGAUGAUAGAGAAUUGACCAAGAAAAAUAAAGAAAUCUGUUAACAGGCCAUGGAUGCCCGGGUAGUUAAAGAUAUGGCAACUGGAAAGUCCAAAGGCUAUGGUUUUGUAUCUUUUUAUAACAAACUGGAUGCAGAGAAUGCAAUUGUGCAUAUGGGGGGUCAGUGGUUGGGAGGUCGACAAAUCAGAACCAAUUGGGCCACACGUAAACCACCUGCCCCUAAAAGUACACAAGAAACUAACACUAAGCAGUUGAGAUUUGAAGAUGUAGUAAACCAGUCAAGUCCAAAAAACUGUACUGUGUACUGUGGAGGGAUUGCUUCCGGGCUGACGGAUCAACUUAUGAGACAAACAUUUUCACCAUUUGGACAAAUUAUGGAAAUAAGAGUUUUCCCAGAAAAGGGCUAUUCGUUUGUCAGAUUUUCAACUCAUGAAAGUGCAGCCCAUGCCAUUGUUUCUGUGAACGGUACUACAAUUGAAGGACAUGUCGUUAAAUGCUAUUGGGGUAAAGAAUCUCCUGAUAUGACUAAAAACUUCCAACAGGUUGACUACAGUCAGUGGGGCCAGUGGAGCCAAGUGUAUGGAAACCCACAGCAGUACGGACAGUAUAUGGCAAAUGGGUGGCAAGUGCCUCCCUAUGGAGUAUAUGGGCAGCCAUGGAACCAACAAGGAUUUGGAGUAGAUCAAUCACCUUCUGCUGCUUGGAUGGGUGGAUUUGGUGCUCAGCCUCCUCAAGGACAAGCUCCCCCCCCUGUAAUACCUCCUCCAAACCAAGCUGGGUAUGGAAUGGCAAGUUUCCCAACACAGUGAGCUGGGACUCUAAACACAAUUGUAACUCACCACAGGCUGCAAGCUCCUGUCACACUCUGAAGACAUGAAAAGUAAACAUCGGAAAAUGAAAAUAUUUAUUUUAAAAAUUGAAAUGUUUGGAACCUUUAGCACAGCUUUGCUUGGUGAAGGACACGUGUCUUCUAGUUCUGCCUUUUUAAGUUUUUGUUCAUGAUGGAUAUGAACAUGAUUUUUCUUUGUGUACAAAAAACUAAAAUAAAGUCAAUAAAGACAAUUCUGACUAUAAAUUUUGAUAUAAUAGGAGAAAUGGGUAAUACACUUUGAUCCUUAGACACUAUUCCGUUUUUAUCUUGCUGUUCAGUAUUUUAACUCACUGUGUUUUUAAAAGAGCAAAAAAGGGAGUAUCGUGAAAAACUGAGAAUCACAUCAGUUCAUCCUGAAUUCUGAUACUCCCCUCCCAUCCCUGAGGUGGACCACAUAGAAGUCAGCAGGAAAAAGUGUGAUUUCAGAAGAAGUACAUGAUGUGGGAAUCGCUGUGGAAGAAAUAUGUUCGUUAUUCUCUUAUGUUAAAGAAAAUGAAGCCAGACUGAAAGCUUGCAUCCUGAAUAAGGACCAGCAUCGUAGGAGUUUCUUGAACGAUUGUUGGUGGUCCAUAUUAAGACAUAUUUUUAAAACUUUAAAAGUGUUGGUUAUCAAAAAUGUAUAUUACAUUUCAUUUUGGGGGAAAAUUCCAAGUAUGGUGUUUAUAUUAAAGUCAGACGGUCAUACUUGUGCUUUUACAUGGAGUUUAAAUGAUAAACAUUGUAAAUAUUGAAUAACUACAGUGUUUCAAAAGCAUGCUUCAACAUAGAAGUAGCAGCAAUGUAAUUAUUCGAGGUGACAGGUAACAUGCUCGCUGCCAGUGCAGUGCUCAGUAGCAGUGUUAACACUGCCGUCUUCAGUCUGCAUGGUCGGCCAUGUAAGUGAGAACGACAUGACUACACGGAAGAAGCCUUAAUUUAAUUUCAUACAAAUCUUUGAUGCAUUAGUAUAUUCUAAAUUGUAAGUGGAAGUUAGAUUUGGGCUUUUUUCCCUCCCUCCCUCCCUCCCUCCCUCCCUCCCUCCCUUCCUUCCUUCCUUCCUUCCUUCCUUUGUUUCUUCCCUUUUUUCUUUCUUUCCUUUCUUUCUCUCCUUGUUCCUUUCGUUUUGUUUUGUUUUGCUUUAUUUGGUACAUAAAUACCUUGAUUAAAACCCAGUGAAGUGAUUUCAGGGUUCCUAUAAGUUGUAUAGCACAAAUGUUUUGGUUUUUUUUUUUAAUCUUGGGAUGUUUUUAAAAAUUGGUAUAUUUUGCCCAAGAAUUUUUUUAACGAGAUUGCUAAAAUAUCUUAUUUAGACAACUUGAUGUACCAGUUUAUAAUCUGAUAACCAAUUUGAGUGGUACAUAAAGUAGUGACUUUUUUAUUUCUAAUUCGUUUUCCCCCCUUGGGAGUGUGUGGGUGACAGAUCUGAGUAGGCCUGAGUUGUAUGUUUGCAGUUGUGACUGAAUCUUUGGGAAGAUGCGGGAGUUGCAGCACACUACACUGGCAUCUUUCAGUCUAUGUGGCUACAGUCUGCUUCAUAGUUCUAUAAAAUGGGAAUGUAAAAUAGAUAAAAUCCUACGUGUUUCAAUUGUGACAACCGAGGAGGUGCAAAAGUUUUGAUAGUGUAUUAAAACUGUUGGCCUGUGUAUGCACAAGAACAAACAACCCUAACUUAAGCUUUUUGAGGUAAGAUGGGAAAGAUGCACCUGGUGUCCACACUAAACCGUUGAAGUCUAAAGAUUAAGAUAAUGUGGUUUUUUUUGUUUUUUUGUUUGUUUGUUUGUUUUUUAUUGGUGACCACAAAAAUUCUGGAGUUUAUUCCCUUCUUCAUUUAGAGAUACGGCCAGAUGUAUUCAGCAUAAAAUUUUACAGGGUCUGAAGUUCUUUUUUGAGCCAAAAUCUUUAUGUAACUUAGGUUUUUUUUUGUUUUUUGUUUUUUUUUUUUUAAUCACAACUACCCUGUGUUACACUCAUCAGUGACUAAAUAAACACCUGGGUUGUUGUUGGUGGUUUUUUUGUUUUUUGUUUUUUGUUUUUUGUUUUUUGUUUUUUGUUUUGGUUAUACCUUUGGGGAAUGUUUUUGGAAAAGUUAUUUUAUAUUUUAUAAGAAAAUAAACUAUAUUCUGCCUUUGAGUUAAGAUUUUCAUUAAAUUUUGUGGAACUUGAAUAACCUAAAGACUUUCUAAGUUGAUAAAUUGAUAAAAGCUUAUUAAAUUAAAAUUUCAGUUUCCUUUUUUUUUCCCUCUGCCAGUAAGUUAAGUGGCUUAUUGAGAUAACUAAUGGCUAACUCUAGCUGUAGUCUUUUCUGUUUUAUAUCCUAUGAGUUAAUAAAAUUAUCCAGACUAGUUACAUUGGUAUAGUAAGCAUGUGACUGACAUCUUUUGUCUUAAUUUGGAUGAGAAAAAAAUGCUUUUUGCUAAGUCAGUCACAGUCAUUUCACAGCAGAUAGUUUUAAGAUAGAAAGGACAUGUGCAAAUGAAAUGCACCAUUUUAGAAAAUGGGACAAUCAAGCUAACACAGGUCCAGACUGUCUUAUAAUGCAGAUUUGAGUUUGUGCCCUCCGUCCACUUUAAGCCUAAGAAUUGUUGCCUUUUCUUUCCUGUGUUCGUCAAGAACAGCAGAGAGACUCUUUGGCAUGCAAGGAAAUGUCUCUUCAUAGUUUCUGGAGAUUUAUCUUGGUGUGUUUCUGCCUGCCAUCGUCUGUGCUUGAAUCCUUUUCUACUAGCAUUUCCUCGGUGCCAGUCCGUCUGAUCUUUAUGUUUGCCGCCAGUGAGAGGCCAACUAAAGCCAAAGCUGUAAACCACAGUUGAAGUAAGUCUUUCAAUAAAGACUAGUCUAUGUAA